GAUAGCGGGUUUUCGUGCUUGGUUGAAGUUGCGAUCGUAGUGCUGUCUUGGUUCAAUGGGAUCGUAUGAUGGGGUAUUGAGUACGACCGCUUCUUUUGAUGCUAGGCCUUUGGUGAAUUAUGUUUUUUGGCCAAAAUGACUUGUUCUUCUUCGAAUUCGAUAUAUCGCGAAUCUCGGUGCAGUGUAUAUUAAUUUUCGGUAUAUAAUAUAAUAAAAUAAUAGUAUAUUAUUCUAAGGUGUCAUGUCACCAAAAAAAAAAAAAGGAAAAGACUCGUCUAGGUCAUUUAAAAAAAAAAAAAGGAAAACAAGAUGUAGAAAAUAAGAAGAAAGUUCUCUGUUGUAGCUUAAAAAUAACGCAACUAAGGUGCAUUAGGGUUUAAUAGAGUAUAAAUAGUUGGUAAUUUGGGGGAAGUGAGCACAGAGAGAAAUCAGAAUCCCUAAGCGAGAGAAAAAUCAUGUCAUCGUCAGAGAAUGGCAAGGUGAUCAUGGUCAAUGAUUUUGUAAGGUUGUCGAAUGAGUUUUUUGGGGAUGGUUGGGAACCGACUCGGGAGAUGUUGGCCAGCAGCGCGAAAGAAGCUCUGAAUGAAAUCGCCGGCGAUGAUUGGGAACUCCGUCAUCGUUGCAUCAAUAGAGCUUUGGCUAACUUGAGGGUUGUACACGAGUAUAGGAAGCAGAUCAACCGUAACAAAAAGGCUGCUGAGGAAGCAGCUAGCGGAGUUACCUCAUCGAACUCGGCUACCACUAAUGAGGUGAAGAUUACUACGGCCUGACUCAUGUGAGCUUCGAAAACAUUAUGUGAAGACUAAAGACUACUACGGCCUGACUUAGGUUUUGCUUUUUUUUUUUCCAAGUGGAAGACAUUAUCUAUCUUUUGAAUUGUUUUUUUCAGAAAUUUUUUUAAUCUCUAAUAGAUAGUGUAAACAAUUCCGAAACUCAUUUAAUUCAAUAAUGAGUUAAUUAAUUGCCUCA